GGAGGACGCGCGAGCGCGUGGGGUCGAACGCGGCGCGUGCGAGGGGGUGGCGGCGGGCAGGGCCGGGAGUGGGCUCCGAGCGGUCCGGGCCGCCCAGCCUGUGUGCCCAGCCACCUGUCCCGGAGGCACGGCUCGUCAUUGAUUUGCGGUUGGUGCUGCCAUUGUGAAGGACUGCUUCCCCCAUCGAACCUUCUAGGUGCUUACUGCAGCUUGCCUUCCCAGGAUCUUGCAUUAACAAGAAAGUGUUACUGAGAGCAAGGAGGGCAUGGAAGCCGAGUUACCCACUGCCCAGUCCCACACACUGGUGACCUUCAAGGAUAUACUUGUGAACUUCAACAGGGAGGAGUGGAAGCUACUGAACGCUGCUCAGCAGAUCAUGUACAAAGAUGUGAUGCUGGAGAACUAUGAGAACCUGGUUUCCUUGGGUAAGACUAACCUCUGUGUGUGGAGAUGUACUCCCUGGGACGAUUUUGGUUCUUCGUUGAUUGAAAGGGCAUCAGCUUCCCAAGCCAGAUGUGAUCCUCCGGUUGGAGAAAGGGCAAGAGCCGUGGCUGGCAGAGAGAGGGAUCCACCAGGAGACCCAUCCAGAUUUGGAGACUGCAGGUGAAAUUAAAUCAUCAGUUUCCAGUAAGAGCAUUUCUAAAGAUAAACAGUCCUGUGACAUUAAAAUGGAAGGAAUGGCAAAGAAUGAUCUCUGGUGUUUGUCAUUAGAAGAAGUCUGGAGAUGUGAAGACCAAUUGGACAAGUAUCAAGAAAGCCAGGAGAGACAUUUGAGGCAAGUGGCAUUCACCCAAAAGAAAGUACUUACUCAGGAGAGAGUCUGUGAAAAUGGUAAAUAUGGGGGGAACUGUCUUCUUCCUGCUCAGCUAAUCCUGAGAGAGUAUUUCCAUAAACAUGACUCAUGUACCAAAAGUUUAAAACAUGAUUUAGUUUUUAGUGGUCAUGAGGAGAGCUAUUCAAAUAAUAGUAAGGACUGUGGUCAAACCUUCUGUCAAAACAUUCACCUUAUUCAAUUUUCAAGAACUCAAACGGUAGAUAAAUCCUACAAAUGCCCCGAUAAUGAUAGCUCUCUUACUCACGGUACAUCCCUUGGUAUAUCAAAGGGUAUACACAGAGAGAAACCCUAUGAAUGUAAGGAAUGUGGAAAGUUCUUCAGCUGGCGCUCUAAUCUUACCAGGCACCGGCUUAUUCAUACCGGAGAAAAGCCCUAUGAAUGUAAAGAAUGUGGAAAAUCUUUCAGCCGGAGUUCUCAUCUCAUUGGACAUCAAAAGACUCAUACUGGUGAAGAACCCUAUGAAUGUAAAGAAUGUGGAAAAUCCUUCAGCUGGUUCUCUCACCUUGUUACCCAUCAGAGAACUCAUACAGGAGACAAACUGUACACAUGUAAUCAGUGCGGGAAAUCUUUUGUUCAUAGCUCCAGGCUUAUUAGGCAUCAGAGAACCCAUACUGGAGAGAAACCUUAUGAAUGUCCUGAAUGUGGGAAAUCUUUCAGACAGAACACACAUCUCAUUCUGCAUCAAAGAACUCAUGUCAGAGUGAGGCCCUAUGAAUGUAAUGAAUGUGGGAAGUCUUACAGCCAAAGAUCUCACCUCGUUGUACAUCACAGAACCCACACUGGACUAAAACCCUUCGAAUGUAAAGACUGUGGAAAAUGCUUUAGUCGAAGCUCUCACCUUUAUUCACAUCAGAGAACCCAUACCAGAGAGAAGCCAUAUGAAUGCCGUGCUUGUGGAAAAUCCUUCAGCCAGAGUUCUGCCCUCAUUGUGCAUCAGAGAAUUCAUACUGGGGAGAAACCAUAUGAAUGUUGUCAGUGUGGAAAAGCCUUCAUUCGGAAGAAUGACCUUAUUAAGCACCAGAGGAUUCAUACUGGAGAAGAGACCUAUAAAUGUAAUCAGUGUGGAGUUGUCUUCAGCCAGAACUCUCCAUUUAUAGUACAUCAAAUAGCUCACACUGGAGAGCAAAUCUUAACGUGUCAUCAGUGUGGGACAGCACUUGUCAGUAGCUCUACCCUUAUUAGAUACCAGACAAACCAUCUUACAGAAAAUACUUACUAACAUAGUGAAUAUGGAAAAUUCUUCACAAAGAGCAAUAGCUUUAUUUUGCAUUGGAGGACUCCUUCUGGAGAGAAGCUGUACAGAUGUAAUCUAUGUGGAAAAGCUUUCAAUCCUGUUACCACCCUUUUGUGCCCUAGAGAAACGGUCCUAAAGGGGGAAAAAAACCCACAAAUUUUAUUUUAGUACACAAAUAUGUCAGAUUUUCUCCUUUCCACAAAUUCCUACAAAAGUUAGUUGACCUGGGAGCAUUCUUGACCAAGCCUUAAAUGCUAAAAUCUGAAAAGGAAACAUUAAGUAGGUGAGUUGUUGAGAGAUGAUCCAGCUGUGUUACCUCCUUCAAAAAAGAAAUAAAUGAACAUGCUACUUCAAUAGGAUAAAUAGAGGAGAGUUGUUGCUGAGAAGAAUAAAAAAUUGGUAUUGUAACAAAAGAUGCAAAAUAAUAUUCCAGGGAAUUAAUAAGCCAUUUUUUACUUGAUUGUCCCUGUUUUCUGGGACGCUUAGUCUGCUUUAUGUGUCUGAUAUGAACUGUGUUUUGGUUAGCAGCGGGGAAGAUGCUUAUAAUGUAAAGCAGGAAAAGAACAAUACAUUUACUUGUGGUACCCAUUUUAAAAUAUAUUUGCAUGUGGACAAGAAUUGAAAAAGUAUGGAUAAAUGGGCAGAACUGAUUUGUGAGAUAGUGGGGUAAUGAGUUCGUUUUAUAGUCUAAUCGUUGUUACUGUAAUAAUUAUUUGAAGAUGUUUUUAAAUAUUAAAAAAGGAUAUCUAGUUUCUCUAUUCUACCAUCAAGGAAGCUUGAGAACCACCUGCCAGCACACUUCCCAUUAAUUCUAAGUUGUUUGGGGCACAGUUAGAGGUGUAUCUUUGAGACAUGGUGCUAAAGGUUCCUAGGAAUUUAAAAACACAGUGAUUCUCUGGACAUUGGGACUUAGAGGAACACUGGGUAUUUGAACACGUCAGGGAGGGUCUUCAUUUGAGUGGGAGCAGGUACCUGGGCAAGACUUAGAGCAAGUAUGCUCAUGAAAUAAACAGCACUGGCCAAAGCCACCCUCUUUGCAAGGCAGUCUUUUGUCUUUAUAAAGAGACUUAGGAGCAUAACUCUUAGCUAGCCUUCCCAAAUUGAAAUCCCACCUCUGUCCUUAGCUUGCUGGUGAACUUGGGCAUGCUGCCUAGCUGUUCUGUGCCUGAUUUACAGGUAUCCUCUGUAAAUUAGGGAUAAGAUCACUUACCUCGUCAGAUUGUGAUAUUAAAUGAGUAAAGGUAUAAACAGUUUAGAAUAGUGCCUGACCUAUGUUAAGUACUUUAUCAUUAUUAGCUGUGAUUAUUAAUAUUACUGCUAUUGCGUCACCCUGGUGUCUGUCAUUUAAUUUACACCUGCUUGAGUGCUAGUAAAAGCACACUGAGUUCUCACUUCUCUUUCAGUCAUACGUGUUUCUCUUUUUACCUACAUCAGAACUUGGCAGCCUGAGGGAAUUACCCAGAGUAGGUUUAUGGACUCAUUUGCGAGGAUCAGUAAACAACUGUUAAUAUUGUAUGCAAAUUUAUUUUCUUUGUACAAAGGUUUUUCCUUCUAGGGGGAGGAUCCUAAUCUUGAGAGUCACUGGUAAGUCCAUGACCCAAAAAAGAUUGAUAAAGAGAAUCUGUUUUAAUUCUCCUUCAUUCUAUAAAUGGAUCUGUGUGUAGGGACUGAUCAUUAUUUGCCAUUUUCUGGCAAACAAGAUAUAUAUUAGGUGCUCAGUGGUUGAUUUUUGAAUGAUAAAUAAAUAUUGCUGAGACCAGCAGGACAAAGCUCUUGGUGUCUCUCCGGGAAAAUCUAGAAAUGAUUGUUUAAAUUGUGAGACUUGAAACUACAGGGAGCAUGAGACCGUAUCACUUGUACUCUUCACUUGCAGUUGAGAUGAGGGGAGCUGGCACAGGUCUCACGUCUUGAAUGAAGUCCAACCCAGAACUGGAUCCCAGUUGCUGCUCUUCUCGGUGCUUACAUGCCAUUCAUAUGCAUGACAUACUCCUGUCAGAAAUGGUUUUCUUCAUAAGCAGUGGUUCUUUAUGGGAGUAGAAGAGCAGCCCCUCCAGUUGAGCCUCUUAGCAUUUCUAAUAACUUAUGACUUAAUUUUCCUCAACUGUGUAAUGGGGAUGCUGCUAGUAUCUCCCUCGGAGGGCUGUUGUGGGGACGAAGUGAGAUAGUGUGUAUAGAGUACUUAAAACAGUGCCUGGCACAUAGUAAGUACUAUAUGUGUUAGCUGUUAGUAAUUAUAUUACUAUUAUUCGUACCCUAAGGAAUGUGAGAAGAGAUAGAUGUCUACGGAUGAUCACGGAAACAUUACUUAUAAUAGUGCAAAAUUUUCGAUAUGUAAAAAUGUAUAAUAGCAAAAUGAUUGUAGCAUAUCAAUGUAAUGGAAUAGUAUGCAAACAUUAAAAUUAUGCAAACAGAAAGUUUGAUAAUAAAAAAUUUUGAUGCUGUCAAGUGUUAUAAAAAAAGCAUGAUAAAUAGUAGUCAAUAUGGAGUAAGGUCAAAUAUGUAAAAAUAAAUGAAUUUUUAAAAAAA